UCACACAGCCCCUGUCUUCUGUUGCUUCCUUUCACACACAUUCUGGCUCUUUUUCCUGUUCUUGCUCUCCACUCCCCAGCUCUCCCAUUCCCUCUUCCCACUCUUUGCUUUUUCCCUCCGCUCUUUUGCCUCUCCUCUCCUCACACACAUGCAGAUGCGCGCACACGUUCCCGCCUUCUCCCGCCUCCUCUCCUCAUAUCUACCGGCAACGGCGCUGAGGCAGGCUGCCUCACAAAGCCUGUGGAUCUAGUCACUUGACUAAUUAGCCUUGAAGUGCUGUUGAAGAUCAUCAUAUUUAGCUUAGCGACAUAGCAGCAGAGUGCAGACAGAUAUAGAUCAGUCUGGCUUGGAGGCUGGAUGCCCGAUAGUGGGAAAGCUUUCUAUUGCUCUCUUCUAUUCAUACUCAGCGCUGUGGGCUUGCGAGAGGUGGAGGAUCGGAAGUGAGGGCUUUAAAGAAGACUACAACCAAAGCACAGAAUGGGACCACUCCGCAGGAGCACAUCCUCCUAGACUCCAGAGGCAACAGCUCUGCUUCCAACAUACAGAGGUUUAAGAUGAUCAACAGUCGGCUGUCGACCCAGAGGAGGCCAGUGAGCGUCGUUCCUCCUGACAGAGGCUAUCAGAAAACAAGCACUUACAUUGUGCCCUGCUUCCUCUUUGUGGAGCUGGUCAUCAUGGCAGGGACUGUUCUGUUGGCGUACUACUUUGAAUACACGGACACGUUCCCGGUGCACGUUCAGGGCUUCUUCUGCUUUGACAAAGCCUACUCCAAGCCGUACCCCGGACCAGAGGACAACAGCAAGGCGCCGCCAGUCCUCGUCUACUCCCUCGUCACCGCCAUCCCCACAGUCACAAUCCUGAUAGGAGAAGUGACCAGUUUCUUCGUGAAGACGGAGGGAGCGCAGGAGAAGACCAUCGUGACCGCAGACUGCUGCUACUUCAAUCCUCUCCUUCGAAGGAUUGUACGUUUUCUAGGUGUCUACUCCUUUGGUCUCUUCACUACCACCAUCUUCGCCAAUGCCGGCCAGGUGGUGACAGGAAACCAGACGCCUCACUUCCUUUCCGCCUGCAAGCCCAAUUACACAGCCCUGGGCUGUCAGUCUCCUCUGCAGUACAUCACAGAACACCGUGCCUGUACAGGAAACCCCUUCCUGGUGUUGUCCGCCCGCAAAUCCUUCCCCUCUAAAGACGCUGCGCUCAGCUUCUAUUCAGCCAUCUACACAGUGAUGUACGUGACUCUGGUGUUUCAGACCAAAGGGACACGCCUGAUGAAGCCCACCUUGUGCCUGGUGCUUCUGUCUCUGGCUGUGCUGGUGGGGGUGGUGAGGGUGACCGAGCACAGAAACCACUGGAACGACAUCCUGGCUGGAUUUGUGACGGGUGGGGCCAUCGCCGCGUUUCUGGUUUCCUGUGUGAUCAACAAUUUCCGGCCGAGCAAGACGUCAGUGUGCACACCUCCCCCUCCACAGCAUCCAGAGCCCACUGUGGGGCUGCCGCUCCUCACCCUGCCCCGCGUGGAGAGUCCACUCGAAAAGUUAAGUGGCCUCCAGGCUCCGGGGUUACAGUAUUCUGAGAUCACAUGACCAUCAGCCAACCCCGUCCCCCAUCCCUCCCGAUGUGCUCCUCCCCUCAAGGCGUUGCCUCACCAGCGCAGUUUAGACCUGCCCACUGAAUGCCCCCAACGCUGCCCCUCCCACCGCGAAGGACGCCAGCCUCUGCGGCGGGUCAAAUCCACCCAGGUGUGAAGCGUCAUCGGUCAGAGAACAGACGCCUGAACCUUGGAGGGACAUAUGCUCCCCACCCCGAGAGGUCCUCAAAGACGGCCUCCGUGACCCUUUAGGGUGUGAAAGACUCAGAAACUCGUUAAAGCCAGAGCUUUUAUAGCAAUACUGUGUCCUGUUAUCCUGGGCUCAACAGUGACUCUAUGGUGACUCUAAAGACUGUUGGCUGGUGAUGACUUGAUAUUAACAAUCAAAUGAAAAAAAAAAAAAUCAGCUGAGCUGAGGGGUCUCAAGUGGAUUUUAUUCCAGACCGUUUUGUAAUACUCAGGAUGUUCUCUAGAAGUCAACAAAAAGACCUUAUCGGGAUGCAGGUACCGUCCAGUAUUGUGGAGCAGAUUUUUCUUUUUUUUGUCGUCAAGAGGAAGAAAAAAGCACUUUUGUAAAUUACAGCACAUAGGAAGGUUAAAUAUUUUCUUUUCUAAUUAGUGAAGUAAUAGCAGAGAUUUAUACCCAUUAGAGCUGUACUUGUGAUAUUAUCAUUUACUGAGAUGUCAGUUUAUUAUCCCUGUCUGAUGUAUCCCACAUUCCCAAAUCUUACUGUUCCAGCGUGUGUCCAAUGUCUGUUGGUUUGAUGUCUAUAAGGUGUGAGAGUUCUGGGAAAUGUAAUCAUUUAUUUAUUGCCUUUUCACACAUCUACGACCACAGUCACAUAUCCUAAAAUGCCACCGCGGGGCGACCUAAAUGCAAUAUUUUCAACAAAUUUGGCAGGUGGCUGUGCAGUGGGAUUUGUAAUCAGGACACAUUUUUACACACCGCGCGGUGGACGUGGAGGUUUUAAGAAAUUUUAUGGCGACCGGAUGAACUUUUUCUAAAACUUGACAUCAGCCAGUGCCAUCCCGGGCACAUUUAGGUCACGCGGUGGCAGUCCACCAGGCGCGUUUGACGCCAUUAUGAAAUCGGGUGAAAGCUCGGCGGGCACAGGGCGGAUCUACACACUAUAAAGUGUGUUUGCCAUUUCGUAGUGCUGUCCGAAUCUACAAUUACAAAAUUUGAGUGUGCUAGAAACUUUGUGGAAAAACUAGCGUGCAUCGAUGCUUACAAAUAGAGACCACAAAUGCAUUGAGGUCGAAAAAUCUUUGCGAAAAAAACUUGUUUAAGCGUAAUUUUUAAAAAACUAUCCACACUUUUAUCAUUUGUAUACAGUGGAGUCAGAAAUAGAUGUCGUGAAAUGGCAGUUGUAUUUGGGACUGUAGCAUUAACUGUCAUCGUCACGAAUAGAGAAAAAUCAUCCGGUCAUCCUAAAAUGUUUACUUUUUCUUAAACCUUUGCAGCCAUCGCACGGCAUGUUAAAAUGCAACUCCGGAUAACAAAUACCGCGGGGUCGCCGUGGGUUCGCAUUUUGGAAUAUGUGAUCAAAGUCUUAAGCUCCUUUGCUACUUUUUUUGUUUUUUUAAACAGUAAUAUAAAACUUUUAAGCUUCAUUUUAGUGUCUUUUUUUUAUCUGGCAAAAAUACGGUGGCCCUGAAGUGCCAUUCACAUGAAGAAAUCACUUAAUGCAAAAACAUAAUAAAGAUUAUGAUUAAAAAAAGAAAAACACAUUUUUAGAGAAUUAAAUUAAAUUUCAGAAACCAAAACAUGAAUAAUUCCAAAUAAUUAAAAAGGAAACACAAUAAGAAGCUGGAAAAGGUAGGUACUAUGGGGCAUCACUGAUUGGAUGAUGAGGUUUGUAUAUCAUCCAAUCAGCGAUGUCCUAUAGGACCCAUCGGUUUCAGUUACUUAUUAUUAUAUUUUGUUUUUCGACAUUUAAUUUUGAUUUUCUGGAAACUAUUUUUGUUUUCCAAAAUGUGUUUUGAUUUUAUACCUUUUGGUUUCUGGAAUCUAAUUUUGAUUUCUAAAAUGUAAUGUUGUUUUUUUGGCUUUUUUAAUGAUAAUUUUUAAAAUGUUUUUGCGUCAAGCGAUUUCUUGAUGUGAUUUGCACUAAAACAAGUGGACAGCUGUGUGUUUCGGUGCAUCCGUCUCGUCCGGUCCUGUAAGGUAACUGCAUAGACUAGAGGUGAGACCUCCUCACUUGUACAGUUUUUGUACAGUAAAUAGGUUUCUUUACACGUUAUAUUCAGCAUUUAUCAUUCCGUUUCAAUAGUUUAAUACCACGAAGCCACUUGGAACUGUGUUGUGAGAGCAAGAAUAUGUGUUGUGUGAAACCCAACAGUCUGUUUGGCUCACUGCUUGCUUGGUUUUUCGCUCGGUUCCAGAUAACGCUUUAGGAUAUAAAACACAAAUGUACUGAAUGGGUUAUAUAAAGACGUUGUUGUUCUACUUUUAUUAAGCGCGUGUGUGUGUAUUCAUAAUGAGCACAUUAUACGGCAGCACAACUGUUCAUCUGGAAAUCUGUUUUCAAAAUAUAGAUGCUAUAAUCACACACUUUUGCUGGUGUGUGACUGCGGGCCUCAAAAGGACCCCUGCCGGGUGUCUUAACAAUGCCUGCUAUAGCAGAAGGUGCUCAUUAUAGCUUUGAGAUUGCCUACAAUAUUUUCAGUUGGACUUUUUUUUGUAAACAACUGAAGAGACUGAUCUGUCAUAAGAAAAAAAAAAUGGUUAUUUUCAUGUCACUGUUUUGUAUUUAUUUCCAAAAAUAAAAUGCCAGACGCUUUAGUUGGGAGUGCUCUGCCAGUUCCAUUAUCUUUAAGUAAGAUGUUUAAAUUAAAGCGUGUUUUAUCAGCAUGA